AUGAAAGAAAGAAGAUACAAUAGCAUAUAUAAAAAAGAUGACAAAAUGGAGGCCUUUAGAAAUAAUAACAAAAAUAAGAUACACUUUAUAAGAGUAUCAUUAAUGAAUUGCUUAAGUGUAAUUAUUUUUAUUAUAUUAUAUAUUAUCUCUUUGGAUGUAUUUUUUUAUAAGACCAACUCUUUUGAUUUCUCUUUACACGCACCAAUAGUUUAUUCUAAUGGAACAUUCAAUAGAAUUUUAUAUACUGCUGAAAAAAAGAGGGUUAACAGAAGGGUACAUAUACAAACACAAAGAGAACCACAAAAUUCUAAUUAUAAAGAGUCUAUGAAAAAUUAUCUAAAAUGUUUAAAAACUGCCCCAUAUAUCGAUGAUCCAAAAUAUGGAGCCUUAAUAUCCGAAGAGGAAGAAAGAGAAAUGAAAUUAAUAAAAAAGAUGGAACUUGAAGAACUAGAAAAAAGAGAUGAACUAAUGGAAAAAAGAAGACUUAGAAGAAUAGAGAGGAUGAAGAAAAAGGAAGAAGAGGAAAGAAUAAAAGAAGAGGAGAAUAGAAAAAAAGAAGAAGAGAAAAGAAUAAAAGAAGAAGAAGAAAGGUUGAAAGAAGAAGAGAAAAGGUUAAAAGAAGAAGAAGAAAAAAGACUAAUGGAAGAAGAACAGGAAAGACUAAAAGAAGAAGAAAAUGAAAGAUUAAAAAUGCUAGAAGAAGAUAAAUUGUAUAUGGAAAGAGAAGAACAAAACAAAAAAAUAAAAUUAAAAGUAGAUGAAGAGGUAGAAACAUUUGAAAGAUUGAAAUCAAAAAAUAUGGAUGAAAAAGAAAAAGUAGAAGAAAAGGAGGAUUCUGUAGAAAUGAAAAAAGAGAAAGUAGAAGAACAAAAGGAUACCGAAGAAGUGAGAGAAGAAGUGUCAGAAGAUAAAGAAGAUACUGAAGAAGUAGGAAAAGAGGAGGUGUCAGAACAUAAAGAGGAUACUGAAGAAGUAGGAGAAGGCGAGGCAUCAGAAAAUAAAGAGGAUACUGAAGAAGUAGGAGAAGGAGAAGUAUCAGAAGAUAAAGGGAAUACCGAAGAAGUAGGAGAAGGCGAGGCAUCAGAAAAUAAAGAAGAUACUGAAGAAGUAGGAGAAGGCGAGGCAUCAGAAAAUAAAGAAGAUAAUGAAGAAGUAGGAGAAGGAGAAGUAUCAGAAGAUAAAGGGAAUACCGAAGAAGUAGGAAAAGAGGAGGCAUCAGAAAAUAAAGAAGAUACUGAAGAAGUAGGAGAAGGCGAGGCAUCAGAAAAUAAAGAAGAUAAUGAAGAAGUAGGAGAAGGAGAGGCAUCAGAAAAUAAAGAAGAUACUGAAGAAGUAGGAGAAGGCGAGGCAUCAGAAAAUAAAGAGGAUACUGAAGAAGUAGGAGAAGGAGAAGUAUCAGAAGAUAAAGGGAAUACCGAAGAAGUAGGAGAAGGCGAGGCAUCAGAAAAUAAAGAAGAUACUGAAGAAGUAGGAGAAGGCGAGGCAUCAGAAAAUAAAGAAGAUAAUGAAGAAGUAGGAGAAGGAGAAGAGUCAGAAAAUAAAGAAGAUAAUGAAGAAGUAGGAGAAGGAGAAGAGUCAGAAGACAAAGGGGAUACCGAAGAAGUAGGAAAAGAGGAGGCAUCAGAAGAUAAAGAAGAUAAUGAAGAAGUAGGAGAAGGAGAAGUAUCAGAAGACAAAGGGGAUAAUGAAGAAGUAGGAGAAGAGGAGGCAUCAGAAGACAAAGGGGACAAUGAAGAAGUAGGAGAAGGCGAGGUAUCAGAAGAUAUAGGAAAUGCUGAAGAGUAUAUAAGGGGUAAAGAAGAAGUAAAGGAACCAGAAGUAGGAAAUGAUAUCGGAGAAGAAAAUAAAGAAAAUUAUAUAAAAAAUUUAGAUGUGCAAGAUAAUUUAUAUGAAAUUAAUGUUUUAAAUGGAGGCGAUAUAAUAUCCUUUUUAGAAAAUAAAAAUAAACUUAUACAAAAUGAAGGAGAAGAUGAUGAUGAUGUAAAUAAUAAUAUAGUUCAUGAUAUUACUGAUAAUGUUUGGAAUAGUACAAUAUAUGAUGAUAAUAAUAAUAAUAGUAAGACAAAUAGUAGUUCAGAAGAAGAUAUUUUGGAUGAUAAAAAAUUAGAUGAUAAUACAAGAAAAAAUAUGAGAAAAAAUUAUUAUGAAAUUUUAAAUGUAAAAGAAGAUUCCGAUAUAAAUGAAAUUAGAAGAAAGUUUUAUAAUUUAUCUUUAAAAUAUUAUCCAAAAAUGGAUAAUGAUAAGAAUUUAGUGUUGAAUAAUAAAUUUGAGAAUAUAAGUGAGGCAUAUCAAAUAUUGGGUUAUGAGAAUAGAAGAAAAUUAUAUGAUUCUGGUGAAUUCGAUGAAAUAGAUAAAAUGAUUAUUAUUGACCCACUUAUAUUUUUUAAUUUAAUAUUUACAUCUGAUAUGAUGUAUGAAUAUACUGGAAAUAGUCAAGUAUCUUCUUUUGUUAAUUUAUUUUUUGAGAAAAAUAUUUCUAUUGAAGAUUUGACUUAUUAUGUUGGUGAGAUUAUGAACGAAAUGAUUGAAGGACAAACAAUACGAGAAGAGAAAGUAGCUGAAUUAUUAAAAGAAAAAUUAGAUUUAUAUAUAGAUAAUGAAGAUGAAUGGGAGAAAUUAAUGGAAAAUGAAAUAAGCAUGUUAUUAAAAUCUUCAUUUUCUAAUUUCAUAUUAGAAUCUAUAGGUUGGACAUAUGAAAAUGUUUCUAAUAUUUUUUUGGAAGAAAAAGAAAAUUCUGAUCGAAAUAAAAAAGAUAUAUAUAUAAAAGAAGCUAAUGAAAGAAUGAUUAGAAAUUCCAUUAUUUUGAGACAAUGUAAAAGUCGUUUUUUAUCUAUAAUAACAAAUUAUUAUCCUUUUAAAGAACAAAAUAAUCCUUUUAUAAAGAAGGCACAAUAUGUAUCCUCAUCUAAUUAUAUAUUGAAUGAUAUAAAAAAUACGGAUUAUACAAUGGAUAAUAUACAUAGAGCCCUCGAUGAUUUAUACAAUGAACAUAUAUCAAUUUUAUUAGAGGAAGAAAAAAAAGAAAUACUAGAAGAAAUAUUAAGGAAUAUAUUAAAAAUUAUUUUGUGUGAUAUUGAAACAACAGUAAGAAGAUCAGCACAAAUAGUAUUACAAAAUGUAGAAGGAGAUAAAAAUUUGAUGUUUAAAAGAGCUAAAGGAUUACAAUCAUUGGGUAAAAUGAUAUUACAGAAGGUUAAUUGA